AUGUCAGAACCUCAUUAUUCGCAUUAUACGCGAAGACCAUCUUCCGGAUCCGGAUCAAUCACAUCGCCCACUAGCAGAAUGGGUAUGAAUGGUGCAGACAGGAGGAUAUUGGAGGCAUCUCCUCCUCGUCCUACACCCUCAGGUCGAAUGUCCUUAUCCGCCCUAGUGAACCCUUCCAACCCACCUUCACCACCAAGAGUCACCCAAUCAGCGAUAUAUGAUUCACCCGCCUAUCCCUCUGGUGUAGGCUCAUCAUCAAGUAGUAGAUAUGGUAGACCAUCAGUCUACGAUCCACCUUCCCUCCCAGCAAGUUCAUCUACAGCAGCAUAUUACGAUAGAGUAUAUGACGAAUAUGAAAGUGGAUUCGGUCGACCAUCAAGUUACACAGAUAGUAGAGAAAGGGGUAUCAGGGCUCAUGAGGGUUUACCACCUAAUCCUACCUCAUCAUCAUUCACAACUCGAGAUCGAGAACGAGACAUCGCAGGAAGUGGUGGUGGCGGUAGUAGUAGUAGGAGAUAUCCAGAAUACAAUUCACCUUCACCUACAAAAUCAAGAUACAUUUCUCCUAGUCCCUACCUUAAUGGAAAUGGGGAAUUACCCAGACCUAGAUCAUCCAUCUCGCUCUCACCUAUAAAACCUACUUCGCAACCUCCUCCUGUCAUACCUACAAGCUCGAGGGCGAUUCGACCGGAUGAUAAACUUCUGGGAAAUGAGGAUAUAUGGGAGGUGAAUUUGAAGAAAUAUCAACAUCUUAGGGAAGAUCAGGUUGAGGAGGUUCACAAAUUUGUCUUGGCCUAUAAGCCACCAGCAAAUGGCUCCAGUAGUACCAAGAAACAACCUCGAGAAUCCACCUUGACCUCUGAAGAACCGUUGAUUUUACCUCAGAUGCCUGGUCAAGUCAUGGACGAAGCUUCAUCGAAUAAAGGCAAACCAAAAGAAGGCAAACGCAAAUAUAAUCGAAAGUCCAAGGGCGGCAGUGGUAAAGCACCAGGUGUCAAUCUUGACGAUGAACUACUAGGUCUGGCAGGCGAUGAAGCAGCUUCUUCUCCCGCUUUCCCUCCUUCCGACGCACCCGUUCCCGACUUUGGCGAUGACGAAAGCCAUGAUGAAGAAGAGGAAGAGGAAGAAGAAGAAUCGAAAGAUCCCAUGUCUAUCGUUAAGCCAUGUGGAUUGACAAGAGCAGAGGUGAUAAGUAAGAUUGAAUCUAACGAUAUAUCCGGUCUGACAGAGGACGAUGUCAAAGCCGUCCAGGAUGAAAUGUGGUUGAGGAUGAAAGAGAAGGAAGGCGGUGCGCCGGUCAAUAAAGAUGGUACGGUUCGCAAGAAACCUGGUCCAGCAAAGGGAUGGAAGAGGAUUAGAGGGAUUGAAGCUAGAAAAGAUAAAGGAAAGAAGUCUUCCGUCAUGGAUGAUAUGUCAGAAAUCGGAGAUGCGUCGACGGUCAAUGGUGAGGCAGAUGCGGAUAUCGCUGCUCUUUUAGGCGAUGAACCGCCCCUACCUGGUGGUAGUAGUAAGAAACCAUCCAAGGCGAAAGCGAAGAAAAGAAAAUUGGAUCAUGACAAUGAAGAGAUCAAAUUCGUCGAUUCAGAGGAUGAUCAUACCCAUGGGCAUAGACAUUCUGAUGGUCUGAUAGGUGAAGAGUGGAUGGACGAAGAUCGAUCAAUGAGAGCCGGAUCGGUAGGAGGUUCAAGCGUGAUUAACGAAGGAUCCUUUACUCACACGGGAAGUAAGAAGAAGAGUAAGGCGAAGGAACCUGGCGUAGGUAAAGGAAGGUGGACUAGACCUUCAAAACCUGAAAAAGAGGAAGCAUCCACUACUGUUGCACUCGCCACAGGGACAGGAGCAAAUACGCCUUCUGGAGGACAUAAAGGGAAGAAACCUAUCGCCAUCGCACCUCAACCCCAACCUCAACUUCCCGGACAACUUGAUGAUGUUAAUGCGAUGUUGGAUCUUCCCUUUGCCGGAUCGGAGAUUGUCAAUGAAGCUGUACCUGAGAAACCCCCCGGUCCUGCACCUAACUCUUAUGAUCCAAGAGGUGUAUCCGAGGCUGAGGCGAGAGUGAGAUUGGGUCUGGUUGAAGAUUUGCAGAAGAUGGUGUGGAGUAAUGUGGUAAGGGAUGUACCGAAGAUCUACAGAGUCUAUCAAGGGUACGAUACCACCGUCAAGCAAUCCGCUUCUAGGCGUAUCCAAGCUGCCGUGAGGAACGGACAUGGUCAAAGGAAUCUCAAACUUACUCAGCGGAAUAAGAACAUCAGGGAUUCCAUAUCAAAGGCAAAGAGGGUCGUCAAAGAGAUGCUGGUAUACUGGAAGAAGAACGAGAAAGAAGAAUUAAUAGCUCGUAAGAAAGCCGAAAAGGAGGCAUUGGAAAAAGCCAAACAGGAGGAAGAAGCUCGAGAAUCCAAGAGACAAGCUAGGAAAUUGAAUUUCUUGUUAACUCAGACAGAACUCUAUAGUCAUUUCAUUGGAAAGAAGAUCAAGACUCAUGAGGCUGAACAGGCUGAGGGUAUGGAAAAGCCCCUUGAGGAGGGGAAACAUCAAGAUGAGGAAUUGGGAUUGGGUGAUGGUGGAGAGGCAUUACCGGAUAUAGAUUAUGAUGAUGACGACGAAGAGAACCUACGACGUCAUGCUGCUAGGGGAGCACAUGCAGCUGUACAAGCUGCCAAAGACAAAGCUGCUGCUUUCGAUCAAGCUAAUGCUCAGCGGACUGGCGCUGCCGAAGAGGACGAUACGAUGGACGGUGAUGAGCUCAACUUCCAGAAUCCCUCAUUGGGUGAAAAUUCAGUUACUAUCACUCAGCCUAAGAUGUUGAUGGCCCAACUGAAAGAGUAUCAAUUGAAGGGUCUGACGUGGCUCGGUAACUUGUACGAACAAGGUAUCAAUGGUAUUUUGGCGGAUGAGAUGGGUCUGGGUAAGACCAUUCAAUCCAUAUCGCUUCUCGCAUACUUGGCGGAAGUGCACAACCUUUGGGGACCUUUCUUAGUCAUUGCACCUUCAUCGACAUUGCACAAUUGGCAGCAGGAAUUAGCAAGAUUCGUUCCCCGUCUUAAAGCUUUACCUUAUUGGGGUAGUCCGAAAGAUCGAGAGACCCUCCGAAGGAUCUGGUCAAGGAAGAAUCAGACGUUUAGCGAGACCUCACCCUUCCAUAUAUUAGUGACAAGUUAUCAGUUGGCCGUUCAAGAUGAAAAAUACCUUCAAGGAAUGAAAUGGCAAUAUAUGAUCUUAGAUGAGGCUCAAGCGAUCAAAUCUUCUUCAAGUGCGAGAUGGAAAUCUCUUCUCUCUCUACAUUGUCGAAAUAGAUUGCUAUUGACUGGUACACCGAUCCAAAACUCCAUGCACGAACUCUGGGCCCUACUCCAUUUCAUCAUGCCUUCCUUGUUCGAUUCCCACGAAGAGUUCUCCGAGUGGUUCUCCAAAGACAUCGAAAAUGCCGCUGGAGGCUCUGGCGGUUCACUCAAACCUGAGCAGCUGAAAAGGUUACAUAUGAUCUUGAAACCUUUCAUGUUGAGACGUGUCAAGAAGCAUGUGCAGAAGGAAUUGGGUGACAAGAUUGAAAUCGAUCUUCUCGUGGACUUAUCUCAACGUCAGCGGAACAUCUACAAAGCCCUUCGACAACGAGUCUCUAUAUCCGACCUUAUCGCACAAGCCAACAAUGCGACCGAUACAUCAGGCGCAAAGAACUUGAUGAACUUGGUCAUGCAAUUCCGAAAAGUGUGCAAUCAUCCUGACUUAUUCGAACGAGCCGACGUAGUCUCGCCAUACAUGUUCGGAAGUUUCUCUCAAUCUGGUAAUCUCGCUCGAGAGGGAGAUCAACUAUAUCUACCUGAUUCAGCUAGGAAUCCAAUCGAAGUGAAUCUACCUAAGAUCAUCUGGACUGACGGAGGAAAAGUGGAUCUACCAAGUGAAGAAAGCUUGGCAGGAAGUGAUACGCAUGUGAUGAGGAAUUUAAUGAAUAUAUGGAAUGAAGAUUGGAUCAAUCAACAAUCGCAUAUCAACAAUAAUGAAUACGGGUUCAUGAAAAUACUCGAUAAAUCACCUUCGGAAAUAUCCAAAUCUGCCAAAUCACAUCCUCUCAUAUCCCUUCUCAACGAAUCGACCACCAAGAGAAAGAAAGUGGUCGACAGUCCCUAUAUCGAUGAAAAUGAUUUCUCAGCACCAUCAAGUAGGAAGAAAUUCAACGUACCGGUAAAAGUACCUCAUGCGGCUUCUACAGAUGGUAUACCCCUAAGGGAGAUUACCACUCAAGUGUGGAAUCAAUCGUUCCUUUCGCGACCUGACGCGAGGUUCGCUUCCGAUCAUGUCAUCGCUCCUUUGAUCAGACCCGUUAUACUCAAUCGAUCAUAUCUCAAUUACCAAGAUCAUAAGUUAUUGGAUGAUCCAUUGACUAGAGAAGUCUUAUAUGGUUUAUCACCUUCUGAAAUUGAUGAUCCACUCGCGGUCAAACGCCUAUCUCACCUAUCUGAAUCGGACAUUUCACCUAGAGGAUUAGUAGAUUCAACACCCAACGAUCAAUUACCCAUAUCAACAUUGAGGAUCCCACCUACGAAGCGACUCGUAGUCGAUUCAGCGAAAUUAGCACGUCUGGACGAUUUGUUGCGAGAGUUGAAAGAUGGUGGACAUAGAGUGUUGUUGUACUUCCAGAUGACCAAGAUGAUGGAUCUGAUUGAGGAAUACUUGAUCUUUAGACAGUAUAAGUAUUUGAGGCUUGACGGGAGCUCGCCAAUUGGGGAAAGGAGGGAUAUGGUGACUUCAUGGCAAACUAACCCCGAUAUCUUCGUGUUCUGUUUGAGUACAAGAGCGGGUGGUUUGGGUAUCAAUUUGACUGCUGCAGAUACUGUCAUCUUCUACGACCACGAUUGGAAUCCCUCAUCCGACGCUCAAGCAAUGGACCGAGCCCACAGAGUAGGCCAAACCAAGCAAGUUACCGUCUACCGACUGAUCUCACGGGGAACAAUCGAGGAACGAAUCCUCAAGAUGGCCCGAGCGAAAAAGGACGUACAGGAUAUAGUUGUCGGUACGAAAUCUAUCUCCGACGUUGCGAAACCAUCCGAGAUCGCUAGUUUGUUCAUGGAUGAUGAGGAGUUGGCUGAAAGUGUAGCAAAGAGGAAACAAGCUGAGGCUCAUGGAUAUAUCGCUCCCACACUUACUACAACUAGGAAUGGAAGGAAUGGAUUUGGGUUUGGGGAUUCCCUUGGUGGUUUCGAUGAUGACGAUGAUGAUGAUGGAUUCUUUAAGAAUCCUAACAAGGGAACGGGGAACAAUGAAGAUGAAGAUUUUGGUGAUGAACCGAGUUCCAACGGCGGGACGGGUACGGGUACAAAUACACCCAAGAAUGACGGUGGGAAGAAAAAGACUAAUUCAAAGAGGAAGAGUAUACCUGAUGGUUCAAGCGCUAAGAAACCACAGAAAAAGAAAGUGAAAAUCGCCCUUGGACCUGAUGGAUUACCUAUAUAA